AUGUGUUUCAACACACCUCCCAAGAUUCAGCAGACGGCUCUACCUACUCGGUUGGCCGAUCCGCCACAGAACAUGAUCGCCCAGAGUCAGUCGGGAAAAGGAAAAACCGCUGCCUUUGUGCUGGCAAUGAUCAGUCGAGUCGGUCCGCUACAAAACUAUCCGCAGAUGAUUUGCCUUUCCCCCACGUAUGACCUGGCAAUUCAGAAGGGGGAAGUAGCUGCCAAAAUGGCAAAGUUUUGUCCGGAAAUCAAACUUCGUUACGCCGUUCGCGGUGAGGAGAUCGUCAAAGGGGCGAAGCUGACCAAUCAUAUCGUUCCGUACGAUCACCCGGCAAGCUCGUGGACUGGGCACACCCGAACAAAGCGGCCGCCGGAGCAGUAUCUUUUGUCAGUGGCAGAACCAGCAGCCAUCGAUCCACUUUGGAACAACAACCAGAUGCUACACAUUAGCCAACUAAUCUGGUCUCAACAUUCUGGCUCUGGCAAUCAGCCAACCAACAUUAAAUCGAUACAACCGCCGCAGUACCGGCAACUCCAAAUCCAGCAGCAGCCAACAACCCCUCAAAAAAGAACCACAUAG